UCUUAGAAACUACGAUUUAAAAUAUUUUUUAAGAUGUGUAGUGGCAGUUUAAGGAACUAAGCCAUGUGCAUCGAUAAAGCAGUGUCCAAUUGAACACACUUCUCGCUAACCUCUCUUUUCGAGUUGUUUGCCUCUUUUUGCUAUUUAAGGAAACAUAGCAGAAAUACACAUCACCAUGCCAGAACAAACUGCAGUUGACAAAAAGCCGGCGGCGGAGGCGAAAAAACCUGAACAACAAACAGAGGAAUCAUCCACUGAUAGUGAUACAGAUGAUGAAAUUCCAGAGUUGGAAGAUCCCACCGCGGCGGCGGCUGCUGGCGGCGCAUUCCCAGGUGCAGCCGCCGCUGGAUUGCCGAUGGAUUCAGUCUCGAAAGCUAAGCAAUCUCGUGGGGAGAAGAAAGCAAGAAAAAUCAUGUCUAAAUUGGGACUUAAACAAGUACAAGGAGUAAACCGCGUAGCAAUCCGCAAAUCCAAGAACAUCUUGUUCGUCAUCAACAAACCGGACGUGUACAAGAACCCGGUGAGCGACACAUACAUCGUAUUCGGAGAGGCCAAGAUCGAAGACUUAUCGCAGCAGGCGCAAGUCGCCGCCGCCGAGAAGUUCAAGGAGGUGAACCCGGCCGGCGAUGGCGCCGCUGGCACCGCCACUACUUCCGUCGCGCCGAUCGCCGAAGAGUCUGAGGAUGAAGACGUCGACGACACGGGAGUGGAAGAAAAGGACGUGGAGCUGGUAAUGACGCAGGCGAACGUCAGCCGCUCCAAGGCGGUGAAGGCGCUCAAGAAUAACGAGAACGACAUAGUGAACGCGAUCAUGGAGUUAACGAUGUGAUCGUCGUAUGCAUUACGCUGAUCAGUAAUAUCUCACCUCGUUUUACUUUUGGGACACUUAUUUCAGAGUGUACAUACAAUGCAUACAACAUACAAUAAAAACAUAAUUUAGUCAUUCA